UGUAGUUGCAGAUAAUAUGUCGAGAACGAUGAAGGUUUCCAAGUGUCCGGAGCUACAUAGUAAAUGUAAUCGAGCGGUUGCGAAUCCUUCGGAUUUUAAUCCUAAGGAUGUUCCCCACGUUGAAGUAAGGGUUGGGUCCGGAGAAAGUUUCAUAUUCAGUCUAAUAUCCGAUCCCUCAAUACCUAAUGGAGAACUUGGGUUUUCAAUGCCCCAGAGGAAAUGGGCCCAGCUGUCUAUUAACCAGGAUAUCCUGGUGUCCCCAUACUGGUUCGACAAGAACACGGCCUACAUCUCCCAGCUAACCGUCGAGAUCGACUACUUCACUAAGAAGAACAACGCGAACGACGAGUAUAACAGCGAUGAGAUGGCGGGGGAAUUCUUGAACCAGUUUGGUAACCUGGCGCUCACCCAGGGCCAGCAGAUGGUGUUCGGGUUUAGUGACAAGAAGUUGUUGGUGGCUGUUGUCAAGAGUAUUCAGUGUACAGAUAUAUCUAAUAUUAAGUCUGGGACAGCAGUAAAGUCUCAGGAAGCUGUGAAAGGAAUUUUGCUUCCAAAUUCAGCUGUAAUAUUUGAAAAAAUGGAAGGAAGUUUGAUGAGGUUGACUGGGAAGAGUAAGGGAAAGAUUGAGAGACAAUCAAUAAUCAACCCGGACUGGGACUUCACCAAGAUGGGCAUUGGAGGACUUGGAACAGAGUUUAACGCCAUUUUUAGGCGUGCCUUUGCUUCCCGGGUUUUUCCUCCUGAAAUAAUGGAGGAUCUUGGAUGCAAACAUGUAAAGGGAAUAUUACUCCACGGUCCACCUGGAACUGGUAAAACACUGAUGGCAAGACAGAUUGGAAAAAUGCUGAACGCGAGAGAACCAAAGAUCGUGAACGGACCUGAGAUCCUGGAUAAGUAUGUGGGAGAAUCCGAGGCAAAUAUCAGAAAACUAUUCCAGGAAGCUGAGGAAGAUGAACGGAAACUAGGAGUAAACUCUGGUCUUCACAUCAUAAUAUUUGAUGAGAUCGACGCUAUCUGUAAAACUCGAGGCUCUGUGGCCGGGAAUACCGGUGUUAACGACACCGUAGUCAAUCAACUUCUCUCCAAGAUAGACGGUGUGGAUCAGCUUAAUAAUAUUCUUGUCAUAGGAAUGACAAACAGAAAGGAUAUGAUUGACGACGCUCUCCUUCGUCCCGGUCGUCUGGAGGUCCAGGUGGAGAUAGGACUACCCAAGGAGGACGGCCGGUUGGAGAUCCUUAACAUCCACACCGGAACUAUGCGGAAGAAUGAGAAGCUAGCGGCCGAUGUUGAUCUUCUGGAACUAUCGAAGGUCACUAAGAACUUCUCUGGCGCUGAGAUUGAAGGUUUAGUGAGGGCAGCGCAGUCAUGUGCGCUUAAUAGGCUGGUCAGAGCAUCAUCUAAGGUUGAAGUCGAUAGUGCAGCAGCGGAAAAAUUAUCUGUUUGCCGCGCAGAUUUUAUGCAUGCUCUAGAGAACGAUAUAAAACCAGCUUUCGGGUCAGCACAGGAGCUACUGGAGGGAAUGGUCUCUAGGGGUGUGAUGAUGUGGGGUGACGAGGUUCAAGGUUUACUAGAUGAUGCUAAGCUACUGGUUCAACAAGCUGCUAGUCAGCAUGGUCCUGGACUAGUUAGUAUUCUUAUAGAAGGAGCUCCAAACUCAGGGAAGACAGCUCUGGCCGCUACCCUAGCCAAGGAAUCUGGGUUCCCGUUUAUCAAGAUCUGCAGUCCGGAGGACAUGGUCGGGUUCACGGAGUCCGCCAAGUGUCUCCGGAUCAAGAAGGUGUUUGAGGACGCGUAUAGGUCGAGCAUGUCCUGUAUCCUGGUAGAUAAUAUAGAAAGGUUACUGGACUAUGGUCCUAUUGGACCAAGAUAUUCAAAUAUUACGCUUCAGGCUCUUCUAGUUCUACUCAAGAAACUUCCACCCGCGGGUAAGCGACUUCUGAUAAUAGCAACGAGUAGUAGACGUGAGGUCCUUGAUCAAAUGGAGAUGCUUCCCGCCUUCACUGAUGUACUUCACCUGCCCAAUCUGCAUCUAGGGGAGCAGGUUCUUCACGUGGUUCGUGAGUCCGGGGCUGUAUCAGCUCAGGGUCUACAAAGCAUAGAGAAACAUCUCAGGGAUAGAAGAUGUAAUAUUGGUGUGAAGAAGCUGCUGGAUAUGCUGGACAUGGUUCGGCAGACCAGUGAGGAGAAUAGGGCUGAUAAACUUGUCAGUAAACUAGAGAGUGAGGGACUUAUUGACUUCAGUGAUUAGCAGAAUUAAACCAUUAUUAUAGGGGUAUAUUUUUGUUGACAUCAUUCCUCCCACUUCAAAACCUUUUUUUCCACAGUCUGUGUGUUUUCUUAGAUUCGUUGAAAAUUAGUUAUUUCAAACGAAAAAUGAAAAUAAAGUUAGUUUCUAGUUGAAAAGUAUGUUGAAAAAGGAAAAACUAUAACUUUGCCCCUAAAAUCUGCAAAAAUUGAAACCGGGGGGGGGGGGCUUU